UUUGUGGACCACAUUUGGAUAUGAAAAUUUGUCUGUUUGGCCUUCCAUUGUGAAGGUGUUUUAGUUUUGACUACCUCACUUGAGUUUAUACCUGGUGUUAUGUUCAAUUUAUAUGAAGAAGCAAAUGUCAAAUGUUCACCAUGUUCGGAAUAAAUUGCGCUCUACUGUUUUAAUGUAAUAUAUUUCUGGAUAAAAUUUAAGUUUGACAUCUUAACAUAAGUUUGACAUCCGUCGUCGCCAAAACAAAGCAAUUCCUAUUGGUUCAAGUAACAUGCUUUAAUUUAUAACACAUUACAAUCCCAAAUAAAUGAUAAUGUAAAAUUUAGCAUUUUACAAUAUUGGAGAUGCACUGGAAAAAUUAUGAUGGAAAUGAAGUACUUUUGAGUGGGAGAAAUGGUAAAAAUAUACAAAAAUCAUGUCAUGACGACACAAACAUGAUUUUAGAAUAGGCAUGAACUUCUCUCGUAUUUAGAUUUGUGCUAUAUAACUUGUCAAUUUAUGUAGUAUUAGCCUUUCAAUACUUAUUUGCAUAAAGUAAUAUUACAAGAAAAAAGUCUCCACAACAAUAGUCAUAAAUUUGCAAGAGUAGUUUGGAUUUUACAAAAAAUAUUAAAAAACGUGAGUCGCAAAUUUGAUAGACAAAAGUUAGCGUUUUUAAAGAAAAUUCAUAUUAAAGAGAAAGUUCAUUCAAAAGUCUGCAUGUGGCAAAAUGAUGCGAAUGUUAGACAAAAUUUGAAAUACAACCAGAAAUUUUUCAAAAGUCAACAAAGAUCUUCACACGGUUUUAACUUUAGAAGUUUUUCUUUGGUGUGUCAUGGUUGAUCUUAUUUUGUCUUUAACCAGAAAAGCUUUACCAUUCGUCCGACUUUGCGAAAGCAACUAAAAUCUGAACUGUUUUAUUCUAUUGUUGCCCAUACUGUACCAUGUUAAAAAAUCUUUCAAUACUAAACUUCUGCUUGCUUACUUGAAUGUAAAGUAACUCCUGAUUAACGCGACAGCCCGAGAAUUCCAAUCUAUUUGAAGUGGGGCUGAAAAUUCGCUGCCACCUUCCCCUUACAAAAUGGAUCGGACAUUUACUAGUAAUUGUCAAAUUCCCAGCAGAAGGAUGAUUGGAGGUUACACGACUUGACAUCUGUCAUCAUGGGUAGGCUGACCUCGGUUGGAAACUGAAUCUCGAGAAGUAUGUUGCACAGCAUCUGCACGUUAUUAGUACUUGCCGAUCCCGAUGUCAUUUUAGUGCCGUAUCGUUACUGAUGCUACCAUUGGUAUCGAUGCAACACUGAUGUAUUAUCUACCGUUCGCUGACUUCCCAGAUGUCGAUUGUAACACCUCUGGCAUUCUGAAUGGAUCAAAUAAAAUAUACUGUUCUCCUGUUGGUACUAACAUUAUGUAUAAUUUAAUAAACUUGAAUUUCUUAAGAGAACAUGCCUACUGUUGUGCCAGUUCAGCAGAGCCCAAAGAAGGGUCAAGUUCCCCGCACCAAAAAUAGAUCAGCCUGAAUCAACCACCCGGCUCAUACGGCUGGAUCUCUUUUUCCAGAACCAACAAGGAAAUAUGGACAUAUUGCGCUUUUGAAAGGACAAGUCGAGUUUGCAGUUUUUUCAGAUUUCACCUGAAAUGAACCCUAUCCUGCAUUGGUAUGGAAAGUUAUUUCAGUGGCUAAGUGUGUGGCUUCAUUAUGUUCUGGGAAGACUUGGCAGAGUUGUUCCUGGAUUCAGUGCAUGGACAACAGGUGUCAGCCAACCUGAAGUGUCACACCAUCGAAGUUCAGACGCGUGGAAAAGCAACAUGGAGCUUCGCACGUAUGACUUUGAAGGCCGAAGCGAUCACAUGAUUAUCAUCCAAACCAACACGCAUGCUUUCCGCGUCAACCUGGAUAGGCUUUCUGAGUGCAGUGAGUAUUUCCGAGCUUUAUCCCAAUCUGGGAUGAGGGAGGCAGAUGAAAACGUGGUCCACCUGAAUCACGUGUCUUCUUCUGUUUUUUACCACCUGAUGGAGUUCUACUUCCACGACAUCUUUGAGACACUUCCAGAGGAAGAGUUAAGCCAACAUAUAGAGGUCAGCAGCUACCUGCUGGCCGAUGCCUUCCUCUCGCAGUGUCUGUCCUUGCUGUCCUGUGAGCUGAGGCCCGAGAGGUGUCUGUCCUACCUUAAUCUGGCUCGGGAGAUCUGUUGCGUGGAGCUGAGGAGCACUGUGUUGGCUUACCUGAGCAAAAACCUGCUGGAACUGCCUCAGAUCAUCAGGUGUCUAAGCAAUGAGGACAAACAAGAGGUCAUCCUCUUGAGGACGCAAGGGAAGCCUUAUCUGUGCACCCUUCGGAAGGAGAACCUGACAUCCUGGAAGGACCCGUCGACCGAGCGCGCCCGGCACGUGUUCGCCGAGCGAAGCGGAACAUGGCGUCCCAUUGCGGAGUUCCCUUUCAGGGCCGACAAGUGGUGUUUCACGGCCGUAGUCCUUUAUAACUACUUGUACAUCAUAGGAGGCUACAGAACACUUGUGAGGAGGAGGUGGGACUUCAAAAUGGCAUCGUUUAGGUAUAAUCCUUUGACUCAGGAAUGGGCUGCCGUUUCGCCACUUAUUAAGCACAGGAGACACUUCAGUGCAGCUGUUUGUGAAGGCCGUAUCUACGCAGUGGGUGGCUGGUACUUAGACUCCCUGGUCAGCCCGGACUCCAACACGGCCUUGUUCACGGCUGUGGAAUGCUACGAUCCGUGGGAGGACAACUGGAGGUUUGUCUCACCGCUCCCCCUCACCGACUUCCAGUUCACCGUCUCUCUAUCUCACGAUGUGCCCCUCAUAACCAGUCUGGGUCACUGUCUGUACAUCCUGGGCAGCAUCCAGAGGACUGGAGAAAAACUACUGCUCCAGUACGACACCAGGCGAGAUUUGUGGUGCGAGGUGCUUCCCACCCUCACGAGAGCGGACGCAGACCUUCCUGCUCUUUAUUUCCUCGGCGCUUCUGAGAAAUUAGUGGUGAUUGGAGGAAACAACUUACACAAUGUGGUCACGUCGUUUUGCACACGCUCGCAGAAAUGGGGACAGGUAAAGACUAACCAUGAUACAACAAAAACGGGCCAAGGGAUGCUGCUGGGCGAUCAAGUGGUGAUGCCAAGUGUGGAGCACAACAGUGUCGUAAGCAUAGAUGUCCAAAGUCUCUCCAUGAAGGUUCUGACUCCUCUGCCCAUCGCCAUAUGCUAUGAAGCUGUCUUUUACCUUCACUUUUGAUUAGUCUUGUAGUAACGGUUGACAACGUACCGAUACUGCACUGAUAAU